GGGAUCGGAAUAAAAACAAGGAUGACUUCCUAAACAGGGAAGUGUGAAAGAAGGAAGCUGAAAUGUGUUCAAACUUUGAUUUAGUUUUGUAUUGUCUUCCAAGUUAGUGUUUAUUUGAAGUCACCUACUGUUACGUGCCAAAAUGUCGGAGAAAGUUCCUGGACUUAAUGUCCGAAUAUCUUCGAAAAACCAGCUGGAUAACAUAAAGAAAGUGGCCAUCACCAAACCAGGACAGCAGGCUUUGUUCUUAGAACUCGAUCAGAAUCGUCCAUUGGCUGGCAUCAUCCAGGAUAUUUGUGAAAAAUGGGGAAUAACUCAACCAGAAGAAUAUGCCAUACAAUUUGACAAGCGUCAGCUAAAUAUAUACAUUACAGAAAGGAACCGUUUGGAUAUCAGCAAUGGUGAUGUAUUGGUCUUGACUUCUUCUCCAGCUAGAACGGCCAAACAAAUCUAUGAUACCUUGAAAGAUGGAAAAAGUGCUGGUGAGGAAAAAUUGGCAGCCAUGGAAAAGUUGAGCAAUCUGGCCUCAGACAUAACAUUUGCCAUGGAGUUCAUUACAAACGAAGGACAUGAACUGAUCAAACAGUUCAUACGAGAAGCAAAAUACCAUGGAGACCCUAUGGCCUUGCUGUUGAAGUCAUUUGUUUCUCUGAUGGAACACAAUGUUGUAUCAUGGGAUACUAUUGAACCAGAGUUCACAAAGAAGAUCACUGAUUACAUUUCUAGUCCGAAACAUGGAAUUAAAAUAAUUCAGCCAUCCUUAGAAAUUUUAGAAUCGGUCAUCCUGAACAGUACCAAUUUACACAAGCACAAAGAAGUGGAGGCACAAGUGACUCCAGAGAGAAUAAACCCUCAUCUCCAGCAACCAGAGUUACAGAAGAAUGCUCUAGCCCUUUUAAAUGCCUUAUUUUUAAAAGCUAAUCCAGAAAAGAAAAAGAAAAUCAAUACCAGUGUUCAUAACAAGGCAUUCAGGAACAUCAUUGUUACAGUUUCUCUUGAAGUGUGGAAUAGAGAAUGGAAUGCUGCAAAUAAUGCAGAGCAGUCUGUCCUGAAUGGGUCCCGCAGUAUUGGGUCUGAGAUGGGUCACCAGUUGUACUGUCUACAGACCUUGAUGCUGAACAUGCACGAGGCCAGAAUGAACACCCCAGCUGACCCUGAUGACCCGAAUGUUCAGAAACAGAUUGACUCACUGACCAAGAUUUGUUUUGAUGUGGACAGUGAGACAAACCAAGCAGGAAAUCGUAGAUCCACACUGUACAGAAAACUCGGCUUCCAGGAUCAGACAAACCCUGCCACUGAUUUUGCACUGAACACACCUCCGGGUAUUCUAGCGCUGGACAACAUUUGCUAUUUCUCCAACAAAUACCAGGAAAACUGUGUCAAGGUUGUGCUAGAAAACUGUACCAGGGCAGAUGAACAUGACUGCCCUUUCAUAAAGGCAAGCAUCAUGUUGACCAAGACCCUCUGUGAAAUUCUCAGAAUAGGAGAACCUCCCCAGGAUGAGGAGUCUACUUACUACCCAAUGUUCUUCAGCCAUGACAAGCCGUUUGAGGAGUUUUUCUGUAUUUGUAUCCAGUUACUCAAUAAAACCUGGAGAGAGAUGAGGGCUUCCACUGAAGAUUUCCCUAAGGUGUUAGGUGUUGCAAGAGAACAAAUCACCAGGGCUCUCCAGAUUCAGCCGCCCACCUUUGAUGCCUUCAGAGUGAGGCUGAAUCAGCUGACCUAUGCAGAAAUAAUCCGACUGUGGGAACGUGACAGGAAGAGCAAGGAAGAGGAUCAGGCACAGGCUGCUCCUAUUGUAGAGCUGAGGAAAAUGAUCACACCUGAAAUGAAAGAACUGAUUCGCCAGCAGAGGCUGAACUACCUGAUAGAGGGAACCAAAUUCUCGAAAUACACCACAAAAGGACGGGCAAGGGAUAAGUAUUGGCAGUGGAAACUCUCCCCGAAUUUGAAAGCCUUUUGUUAUGGAGAUUGUGCUGAGAAUGAUAACCUAGCUUUAGAACAACUAAGCAACAAAUUGCCUGUGAGUGACAUUAAAUCCUUUGUAACAGGAAGAGAAUGCCCUCACAUCAAAGAUAAAAAAGAUAAAGCUAAAACUGCAGCAACAGGGACUUUACCAAAGAAUAAGUUUAAGCAUUUGACACACAAUUUAAUCACAGAUAAAAUGACCACCACAAGUUUCGCUAUCCAGACGGUCAAUUCGGAGACCACUGACAUGAUCUGCUUUGUGGCCAAAGACGAGGUCGAAUUUGACAUGUGGACUGAUGGACUCAAUGUCUUACUAGGACAUGAGAUGACUAGUCCUCAGAUGAAGAAGGACCUGAGCAUGUUGUUAGACAUGGAGAUACGUAUUAGACUGCUGGAUGCUGAGGGGAUAGCCAUUCCAAACGAACCUCCCCCCAUACCCCCAGAGCCCGAUAAUUACAAUUUCGCCUUUCCAGAGUUAUAGGCACCAAGACUGUGUUCAGUUCAUCACCAUGGUUAUCAUGCCCUCUCAUUCUCAAAAGAUGA